AAAUAGAAUUUAAAAUUGAGUUCAUCUUAAUUAUAUGAAAAAGUGAAGAAAAUCUAUUAGAUUAAUUUAUUGUUUAUAAUAUAGUGAAUACAAUCGUUUUGUUUUUUCCAAUAUUUUAUGAAUUAGGAAGCAUGCCACGUACCAAACAAACACGUAAAUCCAAACAAAAUCGAGAAUUUUUAGAAGAAUCAGAUUUGUUUCUAAAGGAUUUUCAAAAGAAAGUACAAUUGAGAAUUAUGAAGUUAGAUGCUGAAGCUAAAAUGAGUAUCGAGAGUUAUGAGACUUAUCACAAUGUUAAAUUAGCUGGUAUACCAGCAGAAUUAAAACAAAUGACUUUAGGUGAAAUUAUUGCAUGGAAAGAAGAUGAAAAAGAAAAUUGUAAUGAAGUAACAUCCUCUAUGAAUGAUCAAUCAUUAUUUUAUAUACCAUCAACUAUUAAAGCAAAGAAAAUUUCCAAACGUGGUACAACUACAUCAGACGAUGGCUAUGUAACGGAAGGUACGACAACAGGAGCACCUACAUCACGUGUAUCUCGUGCAUCAAGAGCUAAAAAAAUAGCUUCUGAAGCUAAACCCAGAAGAAUAACUCGUAGUAGUUCAAAAAAUCGUUCAUCAGCUUUAGUCGAUAUAACACACAAAGCAUUAAUAAAAAACAAAGAUAAAGGAUAUAUAGAUACGGAAUCUCAACUAAAAUUAGAUAAAUUUAAAACGCCAGCACCUUCCAAGAUUGCAAAGAAUGAGUUUAAUCUUAUUACUCCUAAAGUAAAACCAAAUACUCCUUUGAAUGUACUAAGACGCCCACGUGAAGGAGAAAUGGUAUUAAGUAUGCAAGGCAGUCCAUUAUUAGUUUCUGCUAUUGUUCCAGAUAAAACUGCAAAUAUUAAUGUACCUUUAAGUAAUGGAAACAUUAUGUCCUUAUUACCUAACGAUGGAUUACGUAUGUCACAUAUACCAGCUUUAGAUCCAGAAACUAUGCGUCAAUUAGAAACUCUUAAGGAUCAUAUUGAGAAAGUUAUUUCAUUGAAAUAACUUAUAAGUUAUAUAAAACGAUUAAAUUUGGUAUUACAAAAAUAAAACACAACAUUAAUAUAGUACAUCUAGUAUUUGUAAUUUUAUAAUAUUUUUAUAAUUAUAUAUAUCACUAUUAAAUAUUGU